CUGAUAUUAACAUGUGGCCAUAUUGAAAAAGAAGCACAUGUCACUACCGUGGAGGUGACACCCGCGGUUCAAGAAUUUCUUGCAAUAACCGGUGAUGUGAGUUAAUAAAGAAAAUCGAGUGUUUUAAACAACCGUUUUUUGCAUCCGACUUACUCGAUGGCUAAUUUGCAUAAAAUUUUAUUCAAAUUAAGAAUAAGAUAAGAAAUACGUCUCGAGUUGAAAAGUAAGAAAUCAAGUCCAAAAAUUAAUAAUUAAAAGGCAAUAAAAAUAAAUGAGCCGGGUUCUGAUCCGGGUCGGAUCCCUCGGAACUUUUCAUUAGUGGUCUGGUCCGAAUACGUCAGACUCCGUCCCCUACCGUUUAGGCCUUAUCAAAUCCCUCCGCAGUGAUGAAGAAAAGUAGUUUACGUCGGAAUCGGAUAAAAAUCAUAAUCGCAUUUCUUGUAAUGCUGUUCGUCGUCUAUGUCAUCAUUUAUUUUAGAGACGAUAGUGAUUUGCAUAUUCCUUCCCUCGAACACAUAUCUAGCAGUUGGCACAAUAUUUUCGGAACCACCUUUAUGUAUUCUGCCUAUUGGGACGACAGAGAAGAACCACACGUGAAAAUUUUGGCAUCGGGUCCUUACGACGAAAGACUGGAGACAAUUAAAUGCUAUCUUUUAUCAGAAAGCCUUAGUAUAACCAAAGGAAACGCCACUUUUAGCAUAAUGGACUUCGAAAAUCACGGUAAAAGUUACACUCCUAUUUUUUUCUUUUGUUAUCCGAACGACAGGAGGAGGCCCAUGAAGAUAAUGUUAUCGGCUAGAAAUGGCAGGAACUCCACUUGGAUGCCGGUUCGAACUCUAGUACCCGUUGGCAAUAUCAAAAACAAAAUUGCUGUUUGUGUCCGUCCACUCUUUGGUACGUUUUCGAAUAAUAAUCUUCAAGUGGCAGAAUUUAUCGCCUUUUAUCAUUUGCUAGGAGCCGAUCACUUCGUUUUUUAUAAUUUCGAAGCCGAAAGCUCGCUGCUCCGCCUACUUAGAGAAAUAUCUUCGUCGGGAAUAUCUAUGGAUAUCCUCCCUUGGGAUAUGCCUCAAGUACUUUAUAACAUGUGGUCUUAUGGACAGGUAUUAUCCAUUACCGAUUGUGUCUACAGAGUGGCAUCCACUCACGAAUUUGCUCUUGUGAUAGAUUUCGACGAAUUUAUCGUCCCCAGGCAAAAUUAUUCUCUGCAAAGGAUCAUUGCUUCGUCGAAUAACACUAAUCGAAUUGCCUCUUUCGUUUUCAAGCACGUGUUUUUCUGUUUAGAUUAUGCAAAUUUUCCUCAUCGGAUGAAGCUACCUCUGAUCACACAGACGGUGGAUCUACGCAAAAGUGAAAUAUUUCCUUGGAGUAAUCGUGCUAAAUCUAUUGUCAGGCCUUUAGCGACAAUUCUACCAGGGAUCCACAAGAUCUUAUUAACUCGACAAAGGUGGAAACCAAUGAGCAUCAUUAAAGAAGAGGUGGCUCUGAUGAAUCAUUAUCGUCGCGGUGUUUGCUCGCUGUGGAAUAAAUUGGGAUACGAAUCCGUACAAGAGAAGAUAGCCUUUAAGUACAGAAAUGCUUUAUUAGAAUCACUUCCUAUUAAAGUAUGGCGGCGUUUAUACGAUCGCAGUAAUUUGGUUUUAUAGCAAUAUAACCAUAAUAAAAAGUAUUUUUAUAUAUGGUUCCAAUGAAUAACUUACAUCAAUUGAAACGAUUCAUUCACUAAUUUAUUGACUAAAAUGUACAGAUGUCAUUUGGAUGUAUAGUUCGUAUAUUUUAAAAAGUAAAUAAAUUCUGAGCACAGU